UUUCCGCCCCCACCACCAUCACCUUUGCUCCUCUGACCUACCCCAAGCUGCCGGCCGACCCAAAGGCGGCCCGUGCCCUAGAGCCGCCGGCCUACCGCAGCACCGUCCACCUCCAUCGCCGUCCGCGCUCCACCUCACCGCGCCCCCGCCGUCCGUCUCCACCCCGUCCGCAAUCUCGGACAUCCGUUUCGAGGUAUGAGCUUCUCCACAAGUUUCGGGUGUGCCGGUGCACACCCCGCUCGCCAUCUGGAUCCGCCGCCGGCUGGGAAGACAUUUCGUGGUGUCAGCGCGACGCAGUUCCUGAGGAAGAGGCGGUUUUCCGGUUGCCCUGGCCGAUUCGAAUGCUCCGCAAACUCGCGCCAAUCUGGGCCGCGGCGCACCCCCAAGGACACCAUGUACGACCUCCACCCCGAGAUCUCGAUGCUCUAUGGAGAGGAUAAUGGUGCAGUUGCUGCCCCCAGCAAGGAGCAGGGUAUCGGGAAAGCCAUUGAAACCUUACCGCUAGCAGACGCUUCUAUCGCCUACCGCUACAACGAGCCCCGGAUUAAAGUCAUUGGGGUUGGAGGCGCCGGCUCCAACGCCGUGAACAGGAUGAUUGAGAGCUCCAUGAAGGGGGUGGAAUUCUGGAUCGUGAACACUGAUUUCCAGGCUAUGAGGAUGUCACCCAUUGACCCGGCAAAUAGGCUGCCGAUUGGCCAGGAACUGACAAGAGGUCUUGGUGCUGGUGGGAACCCAGAAAUCGGCAUGAAUGCAGCCAAGGAAAGCCAGGAGUUGGUAGAAAAGGCAGUGUCUGGAGCUGAUAUGGUUUUUGUCACGGCUGGAAUGGGAGGUGGAACAGGCACUGGUGGAGCGCCUGUUAUAGCAGGGAUCGCAAAGUCUAUGGGUAUAUUAACUGUCGGAAUCGUGACGACUCCGUUUUCAUUUGAGGGAAGAAGGCGGGCACUCCAGGCACAAGAAGGAAUUGCGGCCUUGAGAAGCAAUGUUGAUACACUGAUCGUAAUCCCAAAUGAUAAGUUGCUGACUGCUGUUUCUCCAAAUACUCCUGUGACAGAAGCCUUUAAUUUGGCAGAUGAUAUUCUCCGGCAAGGUGUCCAUGGAAUCUCAGAUAUCAUCACUGUGCCAGGUUUGGUCAAUGUUGACUUUGCUGAUGUACGAUCAGUUAUGUCAGAUGCAGGUUCAUCCUUGAUGGGAAUUGGAACAGCAACAGGUAAGACACGAGCAAGAGAUGCUGCACUCAAUGCCAUACAGUCUCCUCUACUUGAUAUUGGUAUUGAAAGGGCAACAGGAAUUGUGUGGAAUAUCACCGGAGGGAGUGACCUAACAUUGACAGAGGUGAAUGCAGCAGCUGAAGUGAUAUAUGAUCUCGUCGAUCCUGGUGCAAAUCUAAUAUUUGGGUCUGUCAUAGACCCAUCAUAUACUGGUCAGGUGAGCAUAACUUUGAUUGCAACUGGAUUCAAGCGCCAGGAGGAAAGUGAAGUCCGACCCGCGCAGGCUGGAGGCGAUGUUAACCGCGGCCGCAGCUCCAGGUUCUCUUCAUCUUCCCAGGACGAAGGCCCGAAGCUGCAGGUUCCCGAGUUCCUACAGCGGAAAGGGCGUCCAGGGUUUUCCAGAGGCUAAAGCAUUUUUUCCAGUGUCAUGAGCUUCUCAGUUCCUCUAGCAGUAGGCUCUUUGUUUUGUUUCGUUGCAAGCUUUAGGCGAUAGACUGUGUGUGUGAUAGCAUUAGACUGCAUAUGAAAACCUAUCUUUGUCAGCGUGUAACCAUCCAUGGCGGUCUCUUCUAAGCCAUCGCAUGGCCCUGUUUGGAACUUCUUUGUUCCUGCGGGAAAUAAGCUGAUUCUUGUGACAUUCUCGUGCUGGAAACGCGCCUGGAUCGCUGGGUUA